AUGCCUCAAGAAAUCAAGAAACACGUCAUCAACAAGAGAUGGCGCCUCGACGGCAUCAUCGGCCAAGGAGGCUUCGGCACCGUCUACAUCGCAACCGACCUCAAAACAAAAGAAAUCGUCGCCGUCAAAGUCCAAACCCUCCCCGCAACAUCCUCGCCCUCCCAAAUGGACAACCUCGAAAGCGAGGCCUUCUACUACAACCUCCUCUACAAAUGCAAAGGCAUCGCAAAAUUCCACCAACACGGUCGUCAGGACACCUACGAGUUCAUGGUCUGCGAGCUCCUCGGCGCCUCCCUCCAGACCCUCUUCUACCGCUGCGGGAAAAAGUUCUCGCUCAAGACCACGCUCAUGCUGGCCGACCAGCUGCUGCAGCGUCUCGAGGCGUUUCACUCGCUCAACAUUCUGCAUAGGGACAUUAAGCCGGACAACUUCGCCAUGGGCUUUGGUAAAGAGAAUGGGCAGACGGUUUACAUGCUGGAUUUCGGUCUCGUCGGUGAUUAUACGCGGGACAAGGGGGUUGCUAUUGCACCCAGCUAUGCGUUUUGCGGCACCUAUUAUUGGGCACCCAUAGCAGCUGACUUGGACCGCUGUCAAUCCCCCAAAGACGAUCUUGAAUCCCUCGCUUACAUGCUCAUCUACUUUGCCCGCGGCUCCCUCCCCUGGCAAGGCUACGCCGAAGAAAACGAGCCCACAGACGCCCUGAGGAACCGCGUCACCCGCCACAAGCUCGCCUUGCCAAUCGACGUCAUCUGCAAAGGCCUUCCGUCCGCCUUCUCCCGACACCUCAAGUACGUCCGCUCGCUUGGGUACAACCAAAAGCCCAACUACGCCAAUCUGAGGGCAAUGUAUAGGAGGCUGAUGGAGCGUCGGGGACAUGAGUAUGACGGCGUCUUUGACUGGGAUUUGUUGGACGAUGACAACGUGAAGCAGGGCGAAGAACUGCCGGUUGACCCAGAGCUCACCUUGGUACACAACAGCCUUCCAAUGAAAAACAUGAAAGAAGAAGACAAAGACAACAAACUCCCCGCCAAAAAGCUCAGAGGAAGGCCCAAAAAGGCCGAGCCACGAGCCAAAAAGGUCAAAGAGGAACAGAAACCGAAGGAGGAAGAGACAAAGCAGCAAAACGAGGAACCCGCCAAGGCACCACCGCGAAAAACCAAAAUCAUAUUCAUCAAGAAGAAAAAGAGUGAAAGCCCACCUCCACGAAGCAAACCGGCCAAGGUAGAGAAGAAGCCAAAGAAGGAAAAGGUCGUUGCGAAGAAGACGGCUGCGAACAAGGUCGUUGUCAAAAAAGUGCCGGCGAAGAAACCCCUUGCCCGGGCCAAGGCGUGUUGA